UUUUCCGUUGCAUGUAAGCAUGUCAAAUCGUUUGGUUAAAUGUAGGAUAGCUGGAUGUAAAGCUUUGCCUUUUGAGUGCUUUUGCUAGCUGCUGUUUGCCAAUGCCAAUGAACACUUGCAUGCAAAAGUGUUGCUUGGUAAUCGUCGCGUCACCGUCGCUCUUGGCCAUCGAGGAUCUUUUUGAGGAUUUAGAACGUUUUUUUUACUAUUGUUGUUUUAACCAAAAGUCAUGCGCUCGUUCUUUGGCAGAGUUCAAGCAUCAAAUCAUGAUGCUAAUCGAUUAUCUAAACAGCACACUAGGUUCAAGCGCUCAGGUACCGUGUUAAACAGCACCAUAACUGGGGUGACAUUCUAGGAUUAUAGGCUCUUGCUUCUUUCACGGCGAGACACUACGAGUUGCCUCACACGCGCAACUACCUUUUUAUUAUUUUCAAUGUCUGUAGCACGCCCAAGUCCCAUUGACUCUACAUCUGACGCUGGUGCCCGAGCCAAGGAGAUGGAACUCGCAACGCCCACAGCACAGAAAUCAAAACUUGCCAGUGCCCCACUUGAUGAUGAUGGCGAUGAUCCUCAGAGCAUGUAUGAAGAGGACGAGGCGGAUAGCGACGAAGCAGAGUUUGAGGAUGCAUCAGAAGAUCUUAAAGCAGCCGCUGAGUCGGGGAAUGAUACCGCACCCGAUUCAGCCACGGAUGGAGCGACCAAGAUUAAACUGGACAAAAAGGAGAUCAAAAGUUUAUUAGCGGACGCGGAGAAGAAUGUGUUGGUCGAUAUCGCCGAGGUGGAAUAUGCUGUCGACAUGUUUCUCAAUUCCCGCUUCGUUGAGCCCGAGCGGUAUCUAAAGCAAAAGUAUUGUCGGUCCAUGUACUAUACCCUUGGAUAUGCCGUAAUUCUAUGGCUGAAAUCAGUCAUGACCUUUGAUCCCGCCGAUGUCGAGGGCGCUACAGACGCCUUGCGAAAUACGCUCGAAAUGGCCACCCUCUUUCGAAAAGAACAAGGGCUCGUUGCCUCAUUUACCGGUAUGGUUAUGAGGGCAAAAGAAGGGAGCCACCUAAAGAAUAUGACCACACUUCAGCGCCAUGCCGAGCUCGUUUAUGCCGAAGCUCACCUCUUAAAGUCAAUGUUGUCACUUGUUACUGAUACUAACAUGGUGGCAUUCGUACGUGAGGGCCUCAAUAUACGAUCCGCAUAUAACGUUUACAAGAGCUGCUACAGAUUCUUGCAAAGGGUCUAUGAUGAGGAGGGUGGAGCCCAAGGAUUGGUCAAAAACGGAGUCGAUGAACACUUUGUAUCUGGCGUGCUACUGGGCGUCGGAGGCUUCAAUGUUACAUUGAGUAUGCUGCCUGGCAAAGUUUUAAGACUGUUUGAAUUGAUUGGAUUCUCGGGGGAUAGAGACUUUGGUCUUUCAAGAUUGGAGAUUGGAGGGAAAUGGCCUGUCAAUGAUCGGACGGCCAUAAUAUCCCGUGGCAAAAGUCACAAGCCUGGUAAAGGUAAUAGUGGUGCGAAAGGGCUCCAUUCCAGGGAGGAUAGUCUUCCUGCUGGAAGUGACAUCAACCGAGUUCCGUUUGCGAUGCCCGAGACCAACUCAAAGACGGGCGGCCUGCGGAAAUUCCUCUGCGAUCUCGUCUUACUAGGCUAUCACAUCAUUCUGUCGUCCGCAGUUCAACUACCCGACUGCGAUAUUCCAUUUGCAAAAGAAAUUCUGUCGGUAUCUCUCAAAAAAUAUCCAGACAGCUUCAUCUUCCUUGCUCUACACGGACGUCUUUUCCAAACGGAAGGCAAGCCGUCUGCCGCCAUUGCCGAAUACAAGCGUGUCAUGAACCUUCAAAGUGACUGGAGACAGUUGGUGCAUGUCUGUGUCUGGGAUUCAGGUAUCUGUAAUGGAGCAUUGGGCGACUGGACCGAAGCAGCAAACUGCUACGAGGUACUGUUCAAGGAGAGUCGAUGGUCCAAGGCAAUCUAUCGAUAUAUGCAAGCUGUAUAUCUAUAUGCCAUUGAUGAAGAAAAGAAUCGGGACACGGUGGCAGCCAUGCUGAAAGAAGUACCAAAACUAACGCAAAAGAUUGCUGGAAAGUCUAUCCCUAUGGAGAAAUUCGUGUCGCGAAAGUCCCGCAAGUUUGCUCUGCAGAACAACCGGCUGCUUUUGCCUCACUUUGAAAUUCUGUAUCUCUGGAAUGGCUUCGAUGUUAUCCCGCAAGAGAUGCUUUCAAAGUUUCUGGAUCGACUGGACAUUGCACUAAAGGGCUUGGAAGCCCAAUUGGAGAAAAGCAACAGUUCCUCAAACAACGAGGAGGAAGUCCUACCCUACGACACAUUCUACGACGAUCUAUGCCUGGCACGUUUCCUGAAAGGUGUACUCACGCGGGAAACGGCUAUCCCCAACUCGGAAACACUCCUUCCCGUCACCGAACUCGCAAAACAACCCCGUCCCUCCCAAUCAACUAUUCAAACUCUCAAUUAUGCCUCCCGCCAAUUAGAAUUCGUAGUGCACCAUGCUGAUAAGAUCAAAUUGGAUCACUGGGUUCUACCUUUUGCGCGGCUGGAGCUUGGUAAGCUUUAUGCCCGGUCUGGGGAGUAUGGCAAAGCAAGACGAGAAUUUGGCGCAGCUUUGAAUGGAGGAUUUGCUGAGGACGAAGUGGGAGAAGGAAUGAAAAGGCCUAGUUUGGAGAAUACCUUGCAUUUUAGAGUGCAUAAUGCGAUAGUAAAGCUGGAUGUUUUGGAAAAGCUUGUGGGUGAAAGACCGUAGCGCGAGGGUAGCUGUUGCUUUUAAUCAAUAUAUUAAUUGUGCCUAGUAUUCACUGUAGUUGUCCUUAAAUAAAUUUACACUGGAUGCUUGAAGAGUCUAAUAGAAAUAUCAUUUGAC